CCCGUCGGCCCGCCCGCCAGUCCGUCAGUCAGUCAGUCCGUCAGUCGGUCAGAGCUCCGCGCGCGCUCGGACGCCCGACGACGCGGGAGUCGCACGAGCGGGAGCAGGCGAGAGCCGAGCCCCGAGGCUUGCUCAGCCCCGGUGUGUGGCGGACGGGCCCUGCCGAGCCAGCGUUCUCCGUUCCCGAGCGGGAUACCGUCAGGUCCGCGGAAUCUGCAGCUCGAGAGCAGCAGCGCCGCGGCGGAAAAAUGAAGAAUGAAAUUGCUGCCGUUGUCUUCUUUUUCACAAGACUGGUUCGAAAACAUGACAAGUUGAAAAAAGAGGCAGUUGAGAUGUUUGCUGAGAAAUUGACUCUGAUACUUCAAGAGAAAUACAAAAACCACUGGUAUCCGGAAAAACCAUCAAAAGGACAGGCCUACAGAUGCAUUCGUGUCAAUAAGUUUCAGAGAGUUGAUCCUGAUGUCCUGAAAGCCUGUGAGAACAGCUGCAUCUUGUACAGUGAUCUGGGUCUGCCUAAAGAGCUCACACUCUGGGUAGACCCAUGUGAAGUGUGCUGUCGCUAUGGAGAGAAAAACAAUGCAUUCAUUGUUGCCAGCUUUGAAAAUGAGGAUGAGAACAAAGAUGAGAUCUCCAAGAAAGUUUCCAGGGCUCUUGACAAGGUGACCUCCGAUUAUCAUUCUGGAUCCUCUUCUUCAGAUGAAGAAACGACUAAGGAAGUGGCAGUGAAACCCACUUUGGUGGCUGCAGCCCCAAGUCCUGUAUACCAGAUUUCAGAACUCAUAUUCCCACCUCUUCCAGUGUGGCAGCCUUUGCCCAGAAAGAAGCCAGGAAUGUACCGAGGGCCUGGCCAUCAGAAUCACUAUCCUCCUCCUGUUCCAUUUGGUUAUCCAAAUCCAGGAAGGAAGAAUAAGUCGUAUCGCCCAGUUCCAGUGACAUGGGUUCCUCCUCCUGGAAUGCAUUGUGACCGAAAUCACUGGAUUAAUCCUCAUAUGUUAGCACCUCACUAGCCCCUUUUGAUUCUGAGGGUGUAAUGUUGAGAGAAAGAUAUUCUAUAUCUUAUAACACAUUACAUGUUAAGAGUUCAUAUCUUAGUAGUGUAGUUAGAUGGACCAAACCAUCAAACUUAUUUUUCUAGAAAAGUUAUUGAAUAUUCUUUCUUAAAAAGUAUAUAUGCACUUUAGAUAAAUUGAUAUAGUUUGAGAAACUUUUAUUAGUCAAGUGCCUGAAUUUUUAAUAUUGGACUUGAGUAUUUAUAUAUUGUGCAUCAACUCUGUUGGAUACGAAAACACUGUAGAAGUGGACGAUCUGUUCUAGCACCUUUGAGCAUUUACUUUAUGGGAGACUAUGUAAGUUAUUUAUACACAGCAAAUCUAUUUUAUGUCAUUGUUUUAGAAGAAUUCUGUGAAAUCAUGUAGUUGCAAUAAAAAGUAGUUCGAGGCAUGACAAUGUGUGUUUUUUCUUUGUGUAAAAAAGGGGGGAAAGCAUAAGUCUCUAGUAAAGAAAACAAUUUCAAAACUUCCUUUAGAAAGUCCACUUUUUAUUAACUCUACCUUCCCCAAAGAUCACAUGCCAAAGUAGACAUCAAAAAGUCUAAAAUUUAAUAGUGAUAGUUGAUUAAAAAUAUAAAUAUAUAAUUUCUUUUACUAUUAAAGUCAUUAUACGUAGACUUUCCUCACUGGGAAUUUAGUUCAUUGUAAUUUGAUCUGCUAUCUGAUUUCCAUGCUAUAAAUAAAACAUUCUUGCAGCCGCUCUAUAAUCUGUUCCUUUUGUUUUUUUU